AUGAGGCCACAGAGUCAACUGCUUAUGGAUUCCACAACCUUAAAUGCAAGUGGAACUGGUAACAACAAUUUAUGGAACACAAAUGGAAAUGGAUAUAAUAACUUCAAAAGGAACUAUAAUCAGCAGACAAAUAACAACACCGGGAUUAGUGCGUUUAGGGGGAGCUACCCUCAGAAUAGACCUUUUCUUAAAACUUACAAAGAUAAAUUUGAACCUAGAUCCACACCUCAUCUGUUUGUGGGAUAUCCUUUUGGGGCAAAAGGUUACAAAGUGUUGAAUCUGGCUACUACCAAGAUCCAUGUAUCUAUUGAUGUUAUUUUCCAUGAGCAUGUUUUUCCCUUUUCCUUAUCUUCUGGUUCUAAAACUUCUAUUGCUAAUAAUAUCAUUCCUCGGAAUAUUGGUGUUCAUUCUUCUGAUGAAACAAACAUCUCUGCUUCCACUUUAAGAAGAUCAGCAAUCAUUCCUCAUAAUGAUAUUGACACUCUCUUCACUGAUCAUAACUCUAUGAGCACACAGUCACCUAACACCUCAUUUGCACUUCCCAAAACACAACCUAAUCAUAUUGUCCCUUCUUCUAACACUACAUCAGCUGAUAGCACACCAUCUUUUUCAUUCAUUACAUCUGGCUCAAAUGCUCAAUAUAUAUCUCUUAAUGCCUUAACUCAUGAUAGUCAGCAAUUGGUUACCAAUAUCUCAUUUGAUUGUGAACCUGGUUCAUAUGAGGAAGCAUCUCAAGACCCUGCAUGGCAAGCAGCCAUGACACAGGAAUUUGAAGUACUCUAUGCAAACCAUACUUGGGACUUAGUACUACUUCCAGCAGGGAAGAGAGCAAUAGGUUGCAAGUGGGUUUAUAAAGUGAAACACAAAGCAGAUGGCACAGUGGAAAGGCUAAAGGCCAGACUGUUAAGUAGGCAAUGGUAUGCCAAGCUGACUGAAGCACUUUGUUCAAGGGGCUACACACAUUCAAUGUUAGACUAUUCACUUUUCUCUAAAAAGAAGGGCAAUUAUGUAAUUUUUGUAGCAGUUUAUGUAGAUGAUGUUAUACUGACUGGGAAAGACACGGAGGAAAUCCUUUCCCCAAAGAGGUUCUUAGACCAGACAUUCAAAAUAAAAUAUCUCGGCAAACUUCACUAUUUUCUGGGAAUGGAAGUGCUAUACACUGCUGGUGGUGUCCUGCUUACACAAAGGAAGUCUGCUCAAGAUUUAUUGAAAGAACACCAUUGUCUGAGCUGCUCUUCAAUGUCCUCGCCUCUUAACUCUUCAACCAAACAUAGAGCAGAUGAUGGGAGCCCAAGAGACACACAUUUGAGAGCUGCCUUUCAUGUUCUAAGAUAUCUAAAAGGGGAUCCAAGUUUAGGGAUCUUUUUCUCCAGCACAAGAGACUACACAGUUAAAGCUUUUUGCGACUCAGAUUGGGCAGCUUGCUAUGAGUCUAGAAGGUCAGUAAGUGGAUUUGUUAUACUACUUGGGAGCACCCCUAUCAGCUGGAAAUCCAAGAAGCAGUCGACUGUAUCCUUGUCCUCAUCGGAUGUUGAGUAUAGAUCAGCACGACAGGUGGUGGGAGAACUGGUCUGCCAAGCUUCCCUGCAAAUAGCAAGAAAUCCAGUGUUCCAUGAGAAACACAUAAAGGUUGAUUGUCAUUUUGUUCGGGAUGAGCUCAACGAAUGGCUUGUUGAUUUACAUUACAUAUCCACUCAUGAGGAGUUGGCUGACAUUUUUACUAAAUCACUCACAGGACUCAAGCAUUCAUCUCUUCUUGGCAAGUUGGCUAUGAGUCCCUCCCCUCCAACUUGA